AUGGCGCUUCUUGACUAUAUCUAUCUCAAGAUUGCAGCAAUCUUUGUGAGAUUGCUUGCUCGAAUGGCAAGAAAUAUCACCUCAAACCCCGAUUUGAUUAGUAUGAUCCCCUCACGCGACCCCAAACGAGUCAUACGAAUCCACAUCUAUAAACCGACCCAGCCAACAUCUGAAGACCAACCUACCCCAGUCCUGAUCAACUUCCACGGCAGCCGGUUUAUGAUCGCCGCUCAUGGCAGUGACGACGCCUUCUGUCGACAAGACAGCAGUCAGUCAGACUACACGGUCGUGGACGUCUCGUACCGUCUUGCACCAGAGAAUCCUUUCCCCGCCGCGCUCGAGGACGCCGAAGACGCGAUCAACUGGGUGCGGAAUGAAAAGAAGCUAUUCAACACGUCACAGAUAGCUCUAUCUGGAUUCAGUGCGGGAGGAAAUAUAGUUCUCAGUCUUGCGAGUACGGUCUAUCCUCCCGAAACCUUCCACUGCGUCAUAGCUUUCUAUCCAGCUGUGGACUGGGCGACGGAUGUGAGAGCUAAAAAGGCGCCCAAUCCCAACGGCCAGCCCAUUCCUGCAUGCAUUAUGCGCCUCUUCUCGAAAGCUUUGUUUCAGAGCCAGGUCGAUUUUGCAAGCCCGUAUGUGUCCCCGUUGUAUGCCACCCCGGAAAGUUUCCCGGAUCGACUGCUGGUUGUCACGGCCGAUGGUGACAGUCUCGCACCAGAAGCGGAAGCGUUGGUAGAAAAGCUACAGACUCGAACAAAUGGUCGUGUUAUUCACUUUCGGGCGCUUGGGUGCAACCAUGCUUGGGACAAGAUGGCAAAUACGACAACGGGGAUGAUCAUGAGAAGGAACGCUUAUGCUUUAGCCGUCGAGAUGCUAAAUUCUUGA